UCCAGGUGAGACUGAUGAGCUCCUCGUUAGGGGAUUGGACUCACCUGGUCUGGAGCCUGGGCCUGUAAAAUGGUCUAAACAUGGACGAGACGGCGUUGGAGAGGUAUUUUGAUGACUCGAUCGCAAAUGAUUCUGGGCUCGGUUUGGGGGAGGGGUUUGACCUGCAGAGCACUGCCCACCAUGUGGAGGGGGUGGAGCCAAACACAGAAGCGACAGAUGACCUCGACCUGAGCUUCCUCCCAGAUGAGCUCAGCCAAGUCUCUGCAGCAGGUCCCUCUCAGUCUUCAGUCCUCAAUACAUCUGUGGACAAUGGAGUGGUUUCGGACUUCAUUUCCCAGGAUGCUUCAGAGGUGUUACCCACAUCGACCAUGGAGCAGAGCCCGGGGACAGGGCUGCCUGGUUUUGGUUCUUCCUUCUGCCCCAUGACCCCCAUGACCCCCAUGACUCCCAUGACUCCCAUGACUCCGAUGACCCCAGUGACGGAAAGGUCGGGCAUCAUCCCUCAGCUGCAAAACAUUGUUUCCACGGUGAACCUGGGCUGCCCUUUGGAUCUCAAAUUCAUCGCUCUGCAGGCGCGGAACGCAGAAUACAACCCUAAGAGGUUUGCUGCAGUGAUCAUGAGAAUCAGGGAGCCCAGGACCACAGCUCUGAUCUUCAGCUCCGGGAAGAUGGUCUGCACUGGAGCCAAAAGUGAGGAACAGUCUCGUCUGGCUGCUCGUAAAUACGCUCGUGUGGUGCAGAAGCUCGGGUUUCCGGCUCGGUUCCUUGACUUUAAGAUCCAGAAUAUGGUGGCCUCCUGUGACGUCUGCUUCCCCAUCCGUCUGGAGGGCCUGGUCCUCACACACCAGCAGUUCAGCAGCUAUGAGCCAGAGCUGUUCCCAGGUCUGAUCUACAGAAUGGUGAAGCCGCGCAUCGUCCUGCUCAUCUUUGUCUCAGGGAAAGUCGUCCUCACUGGAGCGAAGGAGCGAGAGGAGAUCUACGAGGCUUUUGAGAAUAUCUACCCCAUCCUUCGUGGUUUCAGGAAACAGUGACUCCUGACCUCUGUAAAUAUGGACUGUAUUUAAGAGUUUUAUUUUGAAAAGGAGAAAAGACUGGAAAAUCUAUAAAGAAUAUGUU